AUGGCCCCCUGGACGCGUCUUCUGGUCCUGCUGGUCCUGCUGGGCGUGUGUCCGCAGCCUGGCCAUGCCUUCGUCAACCAGCACCUGUGUGGUUCACACCUGGUGGAGGCGCUAUACCUGGUGUGCGGGGAGCGGGGCUUCUUCUACACCCCCAAGGCACGCCGCGAGCUAGGGGAGCCGCCCGUAGCCGAGGAGGCCCUGGACGAGGCGCCGGCAAGGGGGCUGCAGGCCCUGGGCCUGGGGGUGCCCCCCCAGAAGCGUGGCAUUGUCGACCAGUGCUGCACUAGCAUCUGCUCCCUGUACCAGCUGGAAAACUACUGUAACUGA